AUGCGCUGCAGUAGCCAGAUAAUGGACUGCCUUGUGUCUUCUCAGAACCAGAAGGAGGGUAAUGCUUCCCUUCAAGAGGAUGAAAGUGAAGAGGAUAUUGAGUUUGUUGGUAUGACACAGCAGAUGACAGAAGUACAAAAGCAACUUAUGGAAAAUAGACAAGAGAUGUCCACUUUGGCUAAAGCAGUUAAGCAGAUGGAAGACAAACCUGAAAAAAUGCAAUUUAAGAAUGUACUAGAGAAAAAAGAUGAAGAUUUGAAAAUUGAUAUGACACAAGCACUUGCUGCUUAUAUGGGUGCAGAGAAUCCAGAUGAAAUAUAUAAUGAAAUUGACAUGGCCUAUAGAAUGAACUCUGCCUAUGCAAGGAGACAGAUUGCCAAGAGAAGUGCAUGUACUAUAACUGCCCAUGAGACAAGCGGGAAUCCAAGAUCUCCUGAACAACAUGGUGGUGUUCCCCAUCAACCAGAUGAGGAGACGGAGCUGGAGGCUUGUGUACCCAGGGCAAAGGACCUGGGUCCCAUUUCAGGAGCCUAUAGUGAAAUACAGGAUGAAGCUGUAUUAAGACCUGUCCUGGACUGCAUUGACCUUGUUAGUAGUGGAGAUGAGGAAUCUAGCAGUUCUUCUAAUAAAAAAGUAAAAUGCAAAGACUACAUUGACUACCAGAAGGAAAGGGUUGCUUCAACCCUUGAUCGCCUGGCGCGGCAUGUAGAGGUAGAGAAACAGCUGAAAGAAGAGAAAAACAAAGCUUUUAAGGAAAAAAUGGACUCCCAGCAUGCUCAUGGACUGCAAGAACUAGAAUUUAUCCAUGGACAGAGUGAUACAGAAGCAGCAAGACUGUGUGUGAAUCAGUGGCUCAAAAUGCCAGGUCUCAAGCCAGGUACUGUAAACUCAGGAAGAAUGUUACCUCGAAAAUCAGCCCAAACACCAUCUGGCAGUAAAUCCAUUUUAUGCCCCAUAAUGCACUGCAACAAGAAGUUUGACAAUGGAUAUCUUCUUCUAGGCCACCUUAAAAGGUUUGAUCACUCCCCAUGCAACCCAGCAGUUACACUACAUGGACCUCCAUCUAGUUCUUUUGCCUGUAUAGUCUGUAAUGGAAGAUUUUCUACCUCUCAACAAUAUAGUGAUCACUGUUUAUCUAAGGCAAAUGAAAAUGAUGGCCAUGAAAGAAAUUAUCCUCCUCAGCAUAUUCAGUUUUUUGCCUGCCCGUGCUGUUUCCUUCUUUUUAGCCUAAGAGAUGAGUGCCUGCAACAUAUGUCUGGAGAGAAUCAUUUUUCUCACUGUUUUAAACUGAGUGAUAAAACGGGGACCCCACUUCCUUUGCCUUUUCCAGCCUAUGCAAAAAAUCUUCUUAUCUCCUUGUGCAAUGAAGUUCCAUUCCAAGUAAAAUGUACAUCCUGCCAUCAGGAUUUAUGUUCCCAUGUGGAGCUAACAGCACAUUUCAGAACUCGUUGUCAUAAUGCCGGUCCAGUAGCUGUGUCAGAAAAGAAUAUCUCCCAAGUUGCUGAAAUAUUUAAAGUGAAAGGCUUCUGUCAGAGCUGCAAUGAGCUGUUUGUUGAUUACAACGGUGUCAGUCAGCAUACUUGCAAAACCUUGCACAAGGUUAAAAUUCUCACUACAAUGGAACAAUCAAUCUUGAUAUUUUGCCAUGCCAAUAAAAAUGUCUCUUACCUUAAGAAACUUGGAAGCCUUGUAAAGUCUUCUCCUCUGAAGCGAUCUUUGGCCAUGGAUGAUCAGAGUGAAACCAUUUCAAAACAAAAAAGGGUUUUGGAAGACAACAGCCAAGAGACUUGUAAUGCCCACACCGUGAAAACCUGGAUGUGUGAAUGCCAUCUGACAUUUCCUUCUGAAGAGUUAGUAGAAAAACAUAUUUUUUCUUCAAACAGAAUAUGCCACAAGUGUGCUGUGUGUGGGAAGCUUGCAGAAAGUACAAGCAUCAUCCGUUUGCACAUGAGCAGGUUCCAUGGAGGAGCACACUUGGCUGAUUUCCUCUUCUGGUGUCAGUCCUGCAAUGUAGAUCUUCAGAAAGCGGAUGAUGUAAUGGCACACGUGACUGAAUUUCAUGGUGGACAUAACUACUUUUGUGAGAAGUAUGUUAGUGAGGAUGUGCAUGCUUUAUCUUUUGACAGACUUACAGACUCAGUCUGUGAUAAAUCACUUGAGAUAGAAAACCAGUCUUCGACCCCUAUGGAGCUGUCUCCACCUGCAAGUCCAAUGGACCUGUCUGAGGAACUGUCUCACCAAGGGAAAUGGCAGUGCUGCUUAUGUGAGGAAGUCUUUGACUCGGAAGAUACUGUGAAACAGCAUUGCAUGUCACUAGAGAGCCAUCAUUUUCACAGAUACAGCUGUGCCAUGUGUAAAGUUACAUUUCGGAAAAUAGAAACACUGCACCGACACUGCCAGGAUAAGCAUAAUAAUGUUAUACAGAUUAAACAUUUCUGUGGAUUUUGUGGUGACCUCUUUUUUGAUGUCGAGGAAGAGUUUUUACUUCACUUUAAGGGUUUCCAUAGCACAGAUUACAUAUGUGUGUCUGCAGCAGCAGAAACAUCAAUCAAAAUCUUUGAGACGAUAGAAGAAAGCAGCCUUCUAAACUGUGGCUGUCGAGAGAAAUACAUCUCCAAAGAAAAUAGAAAAGCAGAUUACAAGAAGUGCCAAGAAGCCAUGCUUGCAAAAGGUAACCUGUGGUUUCGCUGCACCUCAUGCUCUUCAACAACACAAAGCCAUUCUGACAUGCUUAAUCAUCUUGCAGGCCACACAGUCAACAAAGCUGAAAAAGAAUUGUAUGUUGUGAGAUGUGGAGCAUGCAACAGAAAUUUCAGUGAGCUUGCAGUUGCCCAUCAGCACUAUCAUGCCAAACACUGUUUCUCACAGAAGCCCAAGUUAGACUUUGGCUCUCCAGCAGAAAGUGACGUCUUCCAGUUCUCUGCUAGUGGGUCUUGUGUAGACAAGAAGCCUGAUAAACUGAAGCUUUCAGCUGCUAUGACUGCACCAAGUUCAAAAUCCCUUUCUCCAAGGAAGCCAGGAGCUAUAAAGAAAGAAGUGCUUGGCCACUACGAUGAAGAUCUACCUGAUCUAGAUUACUUGUGCACCAUGACGCAUAUUAUAAUGAUGGAUUUAGAUAACUGGGGGAACCUCUUCCAUCAACUGCCUGCUACUCUUAACCAGGGGACUUUUAUCUGGGGCUUUCAAGGUGGGCACGGCAACUGGAAACAACCUGUGAAUUGCAAAAUAUUUAAUUAUCUUAGCAAGAUUGGGUGUUUCUUCCUUCAUCCACGCUGUGGUAAAAGGAGGGAAGCAGCUGACUUUGCAAUCUGUGUACAUGUGGGCCGCCUGGAUGAGUAUCUGCCCAAGCAUAUUCCUUUCACCAUUCUUUCUGGAGACAAAAGCUUUCUGGAGUUGGAGAACCAGCUUAAGAUGACUCAACGGGCAACCCGUAUUCUAGACCCUCAUAAAAUUGAUGCUGAUAUGAUGUGUGCCUUAUUAAACAGCAUUUCGGAUACGGCCAAAGAAACUGAAGAGGAUUCUCCAGUGACUACACAACAGUGCUUGCAAGGACCACAGAUUCAAGGGGAUGAAGAUGUACAAUUACAAGAGGCGAUCAGACGAAGUCUUCAGGAAAUAUGAAGAUGUCCUGAGAUCAGUGCUCUACAACAUCUAAGCUGCUGUCACCGUGUAUUAGAAGCUUGUCAAAAAUUACUGGUUAACAUUUCAAGCUAUAAAUGGCACUUUAAACAAUUGAGCUGCGUCAGAUAUCACUGUCUAGCAUAGAAUUAAGCACACUUCUAAAUCCUACAGAUUCCUCUUGAAUUCAACUGUGCUUAACGGCAUUCUAGAUCUUGGUCAUUGCCAUUUAUCACAAUAUAGUAUAAAAUGGUGCAUGAGAGAGAAAAUACUGUAAGAAUUCCUGAACAUUGCAUUUUAAGGACCCGGUAGAUGGCUUUCAUGUUAUACUCUGAAAGCUAAGA